AUGAGGGGCUCAAAACUGAUCUUGAUCAUCGCCGGGACAGUAACAUCUUUAACGGAAGCCGCCUGCAACAACACCAUGACGAAGUCCUGUUGCGAUGUUCUCGAGACUGCUGGUCUCACGGUCCUCCGCCCCAACACGGAAGCCUACGAAGCACGAGAUGAAUCGUACUUCUCAGUCUCGGCCCAGCUCAAACCCUACUGCAUCAUACAGCCCGCUUCCACCGAGGAGGUUAAACUAGCUAUCAAUACUCUAAAGAAGACCGCCUGUAAUUGGGCCAUCCGUGGUGGUGGCCAUAUGACAUGGGCUGGUGCCUCCAACAUUGAAGAAGGUGUCACCAUUGACAUGGCCUUGAUGAACCAUGUCAAGUACUCUGCCGAGAACAAGAUCGCCAGCAUAGGAGCCGGUGCACUAUGGCGCGAUGUCUACUCUGCGCUCGAGCCAUUCGGUGUGACCGUUCCCGGCGGGCGCACUUCGACCGUCGGUGUCGCCGGUUUCCUAACUGGCGGCGGCAACAACUUCUUCAGCGCAGAAGUCGGCCUCGGCUGCGAUAAUGUCAUCAACUUCGAGGUUGUGCUUGCCAGCGGCGAGAUUGUCAACGCCAACAAAGCGAACCACUCCGAUCUGCACAAAGCACUCAAGGGCGGUUCUAGUAACUUCGGCAUAGUUACACGCGUCGAUAUGCAGACUGUUGACGUUGUCGAGAUCUGGGGCGGUCAGGUCGUCUACCCUCUCAACACCACGGAGCAGCACAUCGCCGCCUACGUCAAGUGGAUUGACAACAUUCCCAACUACACCAAAGGCUCGGCCGUUACUUUUUGGGCAUACUCACCCGGCGCCGGUACCGUCGUCUCGGCUGCUCUACAUGAUACAUCUAACUCCGAGUGGGCACCGGUCUACAAAGACUUUCAGACUAUCGGACCUCAGAUGGCGAAUACCCUUCGCCAUGAUAGCCACCUGAACAUGACCGUUGAGCUGGAGGAGCCUACAGGGUACCGCCAAAUCUGGAUCACUCUGACAGGCAAAAACGACGCCCGCUUCAUCCGUCGUGCAGUUCAAGCACAGGCCAAGUUCAUUGAGGGCUGGAAGAGCACUCAGGACGCUGACUUUCUGAACUAUAUCACUUUCCAGGCCAUGCCAACAUUGCUCUUCAAUCAUUCUGCAGAGCGAGGCGGAAACGUCGUCGGAAUGGACCGGGAGAAUGGUAAUUCCAUUCUUUUCCAGAUGCAACAUAUGGUUCGCUCCGCCGAUGCCGAGAAAGAGGCCCGGAAGCAACUUGUUGUUUUGCGCCAAGGACUGAAGGACUAUUACGUUUCCGAGGGCGUCGAUGUUGAGUGGGAGUACUUGGGAUACGCGGAUGGAUCCCAAGAUCCUCUGAGCACCUAUGGCCCCGAGAAUAUUCGGUUUCUCAAAGCGGUCGCUGCCAACUAUGACCCCGAGCAGGUAUUCCAAAAGAAGGUUCCAGGCGGCUUUAAGAUAUCCAAGGUCCACCUCGCCUAA